CGAAAAAUAAAUGGAUUAUCGAAAAGAUGAAGGCAAAGAAGAUGAAAGUCUGUCAUCAUCGGAGUCGCAGGGUCAAGUGAUAAUAAAUAUACCACCCGAUGUUGAUCACGCCCAAGUUGUUUAUCUGUCGGAUGCAAAUUUGGAAGCCACUGAGACGGAGGAUCCUAGAAACCGCAACCAAGAGGAGUAUCUCAAGAAAACAAACUUAAGCUCUACUCAAGGGAAGGAAAUGGAAAACAGCCAAGUGACUUUCCAACUAGAUGAUGGGCCCAGCACAAGUGCACAGUCCACUAAAAACAGACAAAAAUUGGAGGAGAUUAAGUAUACGUUAAGAAGAGAUCUCCAGUCAAAGUCAGCUAGUGUGAAUCAAUAUGGCCCUAAUCGAAUGUAUAACGUACUGGAGAUACUUAAUCGCUUUUCCCGCAAUCUGGACCUCAUUGAAGCGCGUUUAACGGAAGAACCAGCGGUGAUUCUACAAGUGCCGCAAUAUUGCGAUCUAGCAACCCAGACCGCUGGUGUAUUUUCACCACCCAGACGAUAUCGUUUGGAUCUGACCACUUUGAGGACAGAUACGAAUCGUCCGCCCUGCGAACGAUCCCAUCACACGAUCACCAUCAGCGGCAACAACCUGCCACCCCAUCCUCCCCAGCUUCGGCAGACUUUCUGUGCGAGAAUUGGUCGUUCAAUCAGCGACUUUGCCGGCGCCUUUUGCCUGUGCCUACAGGUCAACAAGGACUGUGUCUUCUGUCUGGGCUUCUUUGUGGCCUUUGUGAUCAGUGCCAGCUUCCUCACCGCUUUUUUCUACCGAACCCUCAGCUUCACCGCGUCGCCGGUGCGGGUGGCCGCCAAUCCGGUGAGCGGCACCGCGCACUAUGAACUGGCCACUCUGAAGUUCAACGGGGGGUAUUACUACAUCUACAACAGCAACCAACAAAAAAUAAUUUAGUCUAAUUGAUCUUGUGUUUUAUUUUCGUGCCAUCGUC